GGAAGAUAAUGGGCAUGGGGUUGGCACAAGAAUAUUCCUUCCCACUGACCUAAGAAAUAAGGAAGCAUAUUAAAGUAAAAUUACAGUCCAGACGGUCAGGAGAACUUACGCUCGGGGAAAUCUGUCCUUGCACGUGAUCUGCUGGGCGUCUACACCCAGAGCGGCUCUGGCCUCCUCCCCACCCCCAGGGCCUGUGGGUCCCAGCGGCGCCCUAGCCUAGCCUCUCCGGGGCAGUGACCGCUGCUCGCCAUGGCGUUGCUGGGCACCUUCCUCUGCUGCCUGCUGGCUGCCUGGCUCUGCCACCCGGGCCUCGGGGUGCCCCUGGCGCCCGCCGGUCGGGCCCCAACUGUGGGACAGUUUUGGCAUGUGACUGACUUGCAUCUAGACCCGACUUACCACAUCACAGAUGACCACACCAAGGUGUGUGCUUCAUCUAAAGGUGCAAAUGCCUCCAAUCCUGGCCCCUUUGGAGAUUUUCUGUGUGACUCUCCAUAUCAACUUAUUUUGUCAGCAUUUGAUUUUAUUAAGAAUUCAGGACAAGAAGCAUCUUUCAUGAUAUGGACAGGGGAUAGCCCACCUCAUGUCCCAGUACCUGAACUCUCGACAGGCACUGUUAUAAAGGUGAUCACUAACAUGACAAUGACCGUCCAGAGCCUCUUUCCAAACCUCCAGGUUUUUCCUGCACUGGGCAAUCAUGAUUACUGGCCACAGGACCAGCUGCCAAUAGCAACCAGCAAGGUCUACAGUGCUGUAGCUGACCUCUGGAAACCGUGGCUGGAUGAAGAAGCUAUUAGCACUUUAAAGAAAGGUGGCUUUUACUCCCAGAAAGUUGCAAGUAAUCCAGACUUGAGGAUCAUUAGCCUAAAUACGAACCUGUACUAUGGCCCGAAUGUCAUGACCCUGAAUAAGACAGACCCAGCAAAUCAGUUUGAAUGGCUGGAAAACACACUCAACAGCUCUCUGCAAAAUAAGGAGAAGGUAUACAUUAUAGCACACGUGCCAGUGGGCUAUCUUCCUUAUGCAACUGGUACCCCAGCAGUGAGGCAGUACUAUAAUGAGAAACUGGUGGAUAUUUUCAGAAAAUACAGCUCUGUCAUUGCAGGACAGUUCUAUGGCCACACCCACAGAGACAGCCUUAUGGUUCUUUCCGAUAAAAAAGGAAGUCCAAUAAAUUCUGCAUUUGUGGCUCCUGCUGUCACACCAGUGAAAGGAGUUCUACAAACAGAGACAAAUAAUCCUGGUGUCCGACUAUUUCAGUACAAACCUGGUGAUUAUACAUUGCUGGACAUGUUGCAGUAUUAUUUGAACUUAACGGAAGCAAAUCUAAAAGGAGAAUCCAACUGGACACUGGAGUAUGUACUGACUCAGACCUAUGGCGUUGCAGAUCUACAGCCAAGGAGCUUGCAUGAAUUGGCUAAACAAUUUGCUACCAUAGACAGCAAACAGUUCCUGAAAUACUACCAUUAUUUUUAUGUGAGUUAUGACAGCAGUGUAACUUGUGAUCAGAAAUGCAAGAUCUUACAGAUUUGUGCAAUUAUGAAUCUUGAUAACAUUUCCUACAAUGAUUGCCUUAAACGACAUUUUAUGAAGCCCAGCCAGUAGUAUUUCAGUCAUAUUCUUAGUAAAAAAAAAAAAUCACAUCAUGGUGCUUCAGCGAUCAGUUUGUGAAGUACUGACCCAGGUCAGAAGAGCUACUCUCUGUGCUUUCUUAUUUGUGAGUCUCAGAUACUGACAUCAGUAACAUUCAGAACUUUUACACAUUGAGUACAUGUAAAUUGUUCAUUAGCAGAGUGAUAUCUGCACAUAAAUACUUUGUCUUCCAAUUUUGCACAAUUAUACCUACCUUAUGCCCUUGUAAAAAUUUUCAUCUAUGUAAUAAAGCAGGUGACUUCUCUAUGGA